AUGGAAAAAAAAGCUUCCAGUGAUCUGGAGUUAGAAACGGAUAGCAAAAUCUCGGAGACAGAGAAAAGGGGUCCAGUAUCAAAGUUACUGAACGGCCUCAACUAUGUCUCCAAGAAGCUAGAUUCCUUUGGUGGUGAAUCCACCGGUAUCGAAAGAGUUUCUCCAGAUCAAAGGCGGACCAAUAUGACGAGGAUUAUCAUUCACGUUAUGGGUCUGUGGUUAUCAGGAUGUGGUGUAUCUUGCACAUUGGGGUGUCUCUUAGCCGCCUAUUGUAGUACGAUGGGACCAAGGUCAGGACUACGUCAAAUCGUCAGUGCUAGGUUAUUUUUUGGUCCUUGGGCUGUCAGGUUCCCAGCUUUAAUCAGUGCUAUCGGUUUCGUUGGUUGGAGUGUGACUAAUUGCGUCCUUGGGGGACAAAUACUGUACAGCGUUUCCAAUGACAAACUGCCCAUAGAAAUAGGCAUUGUGAUUAUCUCAAUGAUAUCGUUGGUGAUUGCCAUUUUCGGUAUCAGAAUUCUCUUGCAUACUGAGACGCUUAUCUCCAUUCCAGUGUUCACGGUGUUAAUUCUCCUGUACAUCAUUGGCUCCAAUGAAUACCCCAAUUACUUGAACACUGUAUCCAUUGGGGACACUAUGACGAUCAGAGGAAACUUCUUAUCAUUUUUCGCUUUAGGUUUUUCUGUGACAGCUACUUGGGGAGGAUGCGCUAGUGAUUAUUAUACACUAUUACCAGAAAACACCAACCAGCUAUUCGUAUUUUUCAUGACCUUCUUUGCCAUUUGGAUACCUUCGUUUACUGGAGCGGUGCUGUCGAUCUUACUUGGCAAUGCGGCCACUGUUCAUGAGCCGUGGUUGGAAGCUUAUACGAACAACUCACUGGGUGGAUUAUUGCAUGAAAUUUUUUCCCGUUGGAAUGGGUUUGGAAUGUUCCUUUUGGUGAUAUUCUUCCUUUCACUUAUCACAAACAAUAUUAUUAAUACCUACUCUGGAGCAUUGGAACUGCAACUGAUAGGUGGACCACUUUCAUAUUUUCCAAGAUGGUUCUUGAGUGUGGUCAUGGUUGUAAUAUUCAUGGUUUGUUCUCUGGCUGGUAGAGACCAAUUUGCCACAAUUCUUUCCAAUUUCUUGCCAAUGCUGGGGUAUUGGAUUUCCAUAUACUUCACUUUACUGUUAGAAGAGAAUGUCAUCUUCCGGUCCAACAAAACUCUAAUUAAACUUUAUCAAUAUGAGUUCUCUACCAUUCCUGGAGAGAAGCAAGAUCUUCUGGAGGGCAAAUCCAGACCAUAUUACAACUUUGACAUCUAUCUUUCUCGGGAUAGGCUUACUCACGGAUUUGCUUCUUCAUUGGCGUUUUGUUUUGGUGUAGUCGGAGCAAUUUGUGGAAUGUGCCAAGUCUACUACAUUGGACCUAUAGCAUCCAAGAUUGGAAGCCAUGGAGCUGAUCUUGGUAUGUGGUUAGCUAUUGGAUUUACUGCUGUUACAUAUCCGGUAUUCAGAUAUAUUGAACUAAAGAAAUUUGGUAGGUGA